GCUAAUCAACCGAGAUUUGAGGAACGAUGGCUUGAUCUCCUGCCCAUCAUCAAUAUAAAGGGAGGCCUCCAGCAGCAACAGCAGAAGGAGGUGGAGGUGGAGGUCGAGGUGGAGGCGUGCAUAAGGUCAUCCAGUGGCGCUAUGGGAACUCCCAACGGCUUGACCUCUUCUGUGCUUCCGGAAAGUGGGAACGAGCCCUCUUUGGAUUAUACUGAGAGCAGAAAAGAGACGAAGGAACCCCCGCACAAGCUCGACCAGCGGUACUUCCGCAUGGUGAAGUCUCACAUUCGUCAUGGAAGGAACGACAAACUCUUGGAUCUGGUCAAAAGUAAUCCCGAUCGCAGAGUGAACCUCAUGGAAGACACUUUGCUCCACAUCGUCAUCGCUUGUGGGAAGACCGACCUCGCCAAAAGUCUCAUCGGGCAGAUGGGGGCGGUUCACCUCAUGGCCAAAAGUUGGAACGGCGACACACCUCUUCACGUCGCUGCCGCCGUGGGUGACUGCGAGGUGGCCACUGAGCUGGUCCGCAACAACAAAGAAAUCAUCAGGGAGCGGAACUUGAAGCUGGAGACGCCGCUGCACAAAGCGGCGCUGUACGGGCAGCAGGACAUGUUCUGGUGCCUCAUUGAGGAGGACAACGACUGCUUCAAGGACCGGAGGGAGGAUGGAGCCACCGUGCUGCAUUGUGCCAUCAUGGGUAAUGCGCCGUCGCUUGCAUUGGAAAUUGCAAGGCAAUAUCCAGAGCUGAUCACGUCACGGAAUGCUGAUGCGGUGGCGCCGUUGCAGCUAAUGGUGACCAUUCCCGGGUUAUUCCGAAGUCAGAUGGCGCUUGGCUCCCUUGAAUCCUUUCUCUUCAGAUUGAUUCCUUUGGAAGAGGACUCUCCCAAGGCUCGUGAUGGAGACGAAGAAGCACCUAAAAGCACGGAUCGAGCGGACGUCACAGAAGAAAUAGAAGAAGAUGACUAUGAAGAUUUGGAGAGGCCGAGAAGAAUUCGUUCAAAAUUCCCAUCUCAAUACAGACCUCUCUUCGACCUAUUGGAAUUGAUGUACAUUCCAGCCAGAUGGAUUCAACUGCUUCUUUUCAACAUUUUAAUGCAACUAUCCCCAAGAAUCCGACGUCUGGAGGGGAUAAAGAGAACCCACAGAGCAGCUUUGCAACUUAUCGAGUAUUUAGUCCACAAAGACGAAUACGUGGAUUUCUUCAGCCAGGGAACCGGUAAAGGCAAAGACCACGCAAAAACUUCUAAUGACAAUAGGGUGGCUAUAGAAGGUUUUGAACACCCAGCAGAAGCCACUGGCGAACGACACCGAGAAAGAGGAGGGCGACGAGAUCAGCUGGUCAUUGCGUUUGCGGAAAAGUUUUUCAGAUUCGCGUCGCACGGCGAUGACAGAGUCACAGAAGAGGAGCUGCGUAAGUGCAUGCAGGACGCCAUAGGGGCACUGUCGCCUGAGUCUGCUAGAUGGAACGAACCACCAUUGAUCUUGGGAGCCCAAAUGGGCCUUCCCGAGUACGUCAGGACGAUCUUAAAGGUGUCUCCACAGGCUGCAACCUACUUGGACACCAAAGGGAGAAGCGUUCUCCAGGUGGCGAUCGAGCAUGGUAACCUGGAGAUCGUAGAAACCAUACGCGAGAUGACCGAGGGGCACAAUCCCAUUCUGCCGUCCUGGCUACUGUCCUGCGUCGAUGGAACCACCGGAGGAACCAUCCUGCAUUUUGCCUCGGCGAAAGGCCCUGAUAAUUACCAAGACGCGAUGCAAAUGCAAGAUGAACUAAGAUAGUUUGAGACGGUGAGACACAUGGUUCCUAAAGAACUAGUGAACUAUCGAAACGAGAGACAGAAGACAGCACAGGAGAUAUUUACGGAGAGUCACCAAGAUAUGCUCCAGAACUGCAAGGAUCAACUAAUGGAGAUGGGCAAGACAUGUUCGAGCCUUGUGGCGGCCGUGGUCUUUGCGUCGAGCUUCUCCAUCCCCGGCGAGAAGGAUCCAGCAACCGGAAACCCAGUCUACUUCAACAGACUGCCUUUUAAGAUCUUCUCACACGCGUACGUGAUUGGGCUGUCAAGCGCCGCUACGUCUCUGGUGUUGUUCUUAUCCCUCGUCAUAUCGCCUUACAAACAGCAGCAGUUCCGCCGUGCCAUCCCGGCCAAAUACUUCUUUGCCUGCUUAUCAUUUGGGGUGGCGCUGAUGGCUUUCCUGGUGUCGUUCACCUGCAACAUCUUUCUGCAAAUCUAUGGCGGGCAGAGAUCUGAGAGGAAGGACUUGAUUCCGCUCUUGCUCGAGCUCAUGGUCUUUCCAUUCGUCUGUGUUAUCGUGUUGCUCUAUCGUGGCUCGAGUUUUGGUCCAUCUUUUGCUCGCCUUUGGCGUUGAGUCAGUAGUUAUUGCGAUCAUUGUCCACACCUUCCAAUCUGCAGCAUGAUGUCGGGACAGUACGUGAUGUGUUAAAUUCCGUAACUUUUAUCAACGAUAAGAAUGAUUUUGAUAAA